GCCCUAACUGUUGUUUACCUUUAUUUUGGAGUUCGUGUCGAAGCAAAGGUUCUCAAUUAUCAAAAUAGUGAUUUCAUCUGUGAUUAUUUUUCUAACGUUUAUUUAUGAUUAAUAAUGGUGAUUUUAGCUUUCGAGAUAAUCACCAUUGGGCACCAAUCUAGUCUUCAAGGAUCAUUGUUAACAACUACCAUCAAUUAAAUAAAGGAUGUGGAUUGUAAUUUAUCGUGUGAUGCAAGGUUAUUGCGGAACUACUAAUUCAACAUUUAUCUCUAAUUGAAUCACAAUCAUCCCGCCAAGUUAAAGGUCAAUUCAGAAAAUCAUACUUAACAUAACUGUGGUCAUAUGAGGUAUGAGGUGAUCAUCAACUAAAAUUGUAACAAUAAAAGAAAGGAGACAAUUAUGGAGCGAAUGGAGGUGUUACCUAGUUGGAAUGAUGAUAGCUCUAUUAUAGCAUCAUAUAACUCUAUCAAUAGUGAUGAAGAUUCUACAUCGUGUGUAAUUAACAAGAUGCAUCCGUCAGAUAGCUCACCAACCAGUGGAACUGGUCUUACCGUAGGAAUCAGAGGUUUAGAAGAUAGGUCAAAAGUUGAGUUGUACAAAAAAAGGUUCAUCAUUUUGUUCCUAUUCUGUCUCUAUUCUGCUUCCAAUGCAUUCCAAUGGUUACAAUAUACAAUCAUCACCCAAAAAAUAUCUACCUUUUAUAAGGUUGAUAAUCUAUCAGUUAACCUAACAUCAAUGCUCUACAUGUUUGUUUUUGUACCUGGUACAAUUCCUGCUUCCUGGUUACUUGAUCGGAAAGGCUUACGCUUUACUGUUUUGAUUGGGUCAUUCUUUACUUUUGUGGGGGCCCUCGUAAAAUGUGCAAGUGUCCAACCAGACAGAUUUUGGGUCACAAUGAUUGGUCAAACCAUUGUCGCAACCUGUAAUCUGUUUGUAAUAAAUUUACCUCCUCGUAUAGCUGCUGUUUGGUUCGGGGAACGUGAAGUGUCAACUGCUACAUCGAUUGGAGUCUUUGGUAAUCAACUUGGUAUUUGUGUUGGUUUUUUUCUACCUCCUUUGAUUGUGCACUCUUCUAAUAUCGAUGAAAUUUCUAAACAACUCGCCUAUGUCUUCUAUGGAACUGCUGUUUUCACCGGUUUAUUGUUUAUAGCCAUUGUGCUGUUUUUUGAAGAUAAACCCAAAAAAUCUCCCAGCAACAGUGCAGCUCGAGCUAAUUUUUUACAAGAAGAUUUGUAUUUUCUGCAAUCAUUGAAAGCUCUUAUCACAGAUUUAAACAUGGUAAAGCUAACUCUCAGCUAUGGAAUCAAUGUUGGUAUUUUUUAUGCAAUUUCAACUAUUCUUGAACAAAUGAUCUCAUCAGCCUUUCCUGGUCAUGAAUCUGAUGCAGGCAACAUAGGUGCUAUUAUUACAGUUGUCGGUACAUUUGGUUCCAUGAUUAGCGGUUUCAUCCUGGAUAAAACACAUCGAUACAAGGAAACAAUAUUAGCUCUCUAUUUAUUUUCGUUCAUUGGUUUGAUUGGAUUUACUGUGGUAUUAAAAUUCAAUAUUUUAUAUGUCUACAUAAUUUCAGCUCCUCUUGGUUUUUUCAUGACUGGUUACCUUCCUAUUGGUUUUGAAUAUGCAGCUGAGAUCACCUAUCCUCAACCAGAGGGAAAUUCUGCUAGUCUACUCAAUGCCUCAGCGCAGUUUUUUGGUAUUAUAAUGAUUUUUGGAUCUACAUUACUGGUUGACAGGCUUGGCCAUUUAAUUUGUAAUAUCAUUCUAUGUGCGAUUCUAUUUAUUGGUCUUAUUCUUACCUCUCUCACCAAUGGUGAAUUGAAAAGACGACAAGCAACUCUGAAGAGUCAUGAAUAUAUGAAUUCUUAAUCAUUGGAUGCUUGAAAAAUUUGAUUUGGACAAUUGUUAAGGCACGCAUUUGCCUUACCGUUCUGCAAUCAGCUUUAGCUAUCUAUUUCUCAUUUCAUUUAAAAUACGGUAACAUGCUGUGUAGAUUGUAAGGAUCGUAACAUUGGUAACAGAUUAUCAGCAUCUGCUGUUCAUCAAGGUCUAAUUGAAUGGUUUGAUUAUUGUUUGAUUUUACCUGCCGAACAAAGUUAUGUCAUAAAUUACUGUGUCUCUUUAUGAACAAGUAUCUCAUUAAUUCACCUUACCUGUUGUAUGGUCACAUUCAAAGCUGAUUGCUUUUUUCUGAUUAUGAAACUCAUGUCUUUCGAGAUCUUCUGUGAUCAAAGAUACAAGCUCAACGAUGCAGUUGAUGAUAAAGGUUACAUCCGUGUUUAAUGGCCUAUCUUCAACUAAUUGUAAAAGUCUCUUUAGAAACCAAAUUUGCCGCAUAUCUUAUGUCUUUCAUUAUAAAUCAUCUUAGCAAUUGCGCCUUGAGGAAUAAUUAUGCUACGUCAUGUUCAACCAAUGAUUUUUUAUUAACAGUCUCUCGACACGUUUUCACCGCCUGAAUCACUACAUUACCUAACUUAAUGUUCAUUUUAUUGUAAAGGACAAAGUAUAAUUAUUGCAAAUCAUAUUGAUUAUAUAAAACUAUCAGAUUAUGAUAAAAAAACUCGAGGUUAGUUUUAAUUUGAAAUAACUUUGUCGCAUUUCAAUCAUAAUUUACUUAUUAAAAUCAUGUCUUCCAAACAUUUA